UACCACGUUACCGGUCCAUUGAGUAUUUAGCCCAUCAACAAGAGUUAAGUUAGUGGUAGCUCUGAAGUCAACUAGUUACAAGUUUUUCUUUAUCCAACAUUUGAACUUCACUAGAAAUGUCGGCAAUGACACCACGCUUCACCGUUGGUGUAAACAAGGCAAAUGGUCGAAGGCCUUGUAGGGAACCGGUUCCAUUUCAAGAAAUUUUACCAUUGAAGUUGAAGGACUCGGUUUCUGGGAAGGGUGACAGAACAUCAGAGGUGGCUUGUCUCCAAGACAUGGCUGUAAUGUUGGCCUGCUUCAAAAAGCAUGAUUUCAACCAGGCAUUGUGUUCAAAGGAGAUCGGUGCAUUUCAAACAUGCUAUACAAAUUUCAUGAUUGAUCAUCAAAAAGAAAAAAAUAUGGAAAGCACCAUGGCUGGUACGAAAUCCAAAUUGCCAUACAGAACCUUGAACAAAAUCUUAAAGAAGUACCCAUCUGCUUGAGUAACUUAAAUGUAGAGGAUUUAAGCACUAAUAAAUUGUUCUUCCCAUCCUAGUAAGUAUAAUUUUGAAGGAAGAUAAGAAUUACUAUGCCAAUGAAUUGCAAAGAUAGAUAAUAAAAUGAUAUAGAUAUAUAGCUGUUACGAAAAUUUUUAACUCUCAAAUAGCAACUAUUUUUAAAACUUGUGUAGGGCUAAUUUUAUUUGUAUCCAGUUUAAGCUUUUUCAGUAAGAAAACAAGAAGCAUUAUUAAUUUUUAUUUGUUAAGGGCCUACAGUUUGUACUUUAUUACACUCUUAAAGGCUAAUUUAUAGGGAUGAUAAGAAUUAACUUUCGACUUGCGAGCUGGUGAGGCUACUUCAUCUGUUUACUAUGGAAGCUCUUGUUAACCCUACGGUUUUGCAUGGGGAAAAAGCAAAAAAUUAUGUACGUUACGCACCGUCGCGACGGUCGGUAAAAAAAAAAUAGGUACCCUGGGGAGGGUUUUAAGUUUGGCUUCAUAGUGUGUGGCGCCUUGACUUCUGUAUAUUUUCAAGACAUCUAGGGGAGAAAUAACUAACUCCGUAGAAUUUUUAUGGACACAUCAGCUGUCCCGUCAGCUGUUCGAUUUUGCGUGGCUUCGGACUGAUGGUGGAUGUUUAAACGAACGUCUCAUCUCUUCUUGAAAUUUCUCCAUCGAUUCCGUGCGUUUUGAGCUGCAUCUUGUGAAUUCAAUCAAUGCAAAGUUAUUCAAGGAGGACCAUGGUUUGGCUUUGCUAGCACGUUUUUCAUAUCUGUUAGUCUUAUGCACCCAUUUUGUACCAAAGGUGAUAUGUAAAAAAAGUAGUUCUUUAUAAUCUAUUUCCCCAUCUAAAUCUCUUGGAUUCUUAUAGGUAUCAUCAGGUGAUGUUAGAAUUUAUUUUUAAUAGUUUAAGGUUUUGUAAUUGUUUUUUUCAGGUCUUCGGGAUGUACUGAUGUACUGUGGUGGUCACAAUCUACUAUUUCCCUAUCUAAAUUUCUUAGAUUCUUGGAGGUGUCAUCAGGUGUUGUUAAUAGUUUAAGGUUUUGUUAUUGUGCUUUCAGGUCUUUAGGAUGUACUGAUGUAUGAUGUAGGAUGCCUGUGGUGGCCACAAAAUCAUUCAGUGACUUGGUUCAAUCCAGGAUUUGGUUUUUACGAAAGUGGUAUACAGUUUUAUUUUGCAGAGAUCCUGGAGGUACCUGAUUUGUUGCAUUAGCGUUGGAGUCGCUCGGUGAGAGAAUGGAAUGCAACCAAUGUUAUGUUGUCAGUGUAAAUAAAACAUAUCCAGUAUCA